CUCCUGGAGAACUUACCGAAGGCCACAAUAUUACAUCUUGCCUGUCACGGACACCAGGAUCCAGAGGAUCCGCUGAAAAGCGGGUUUGUGCUGCGAGACAAGAUGCUAACCAUAGAAGAAUUGAUGCACAUACCUCUUCCCCACGCAUUCAUGGCUUUUCUCAGUGCUUGCGAGACUGCGAAAGGCGAUAAGGCGAUUCUGACAAUGCAUGAGAUUUCCUCUCUAAAAUUCGCCUUAAUCUUCAAUAGGUCGAUGGAGGAUGUUGACGGACCAAUCAUUGCCAAAUCUGUGUAUGAGAAUAUGUUUGCAGGUGACGCUGGGCACAUAAGCCCGGAUGACGUUGCGUACGCUCUAGAUGAGGCCGUACGGGCGCUUCGCCUUACGCAAGCCGAUCCGAGUCGAUGGGCUCCAUAUAUCCAUCUGGGA